ACUCUUAUUUUUUUCUUCUUCUUCAGAGCUUGGAACUGGGAAGUAGUUUUUAUUUUUUUGAUAAGCUGGGAAGUACUAGUAGUUAGUACUAGUUCUAGUACUUUUUUUUUUUUUUUUUUUUUUUUUUUUUUUUUGAGAAGAGACUAGUCUAGUACAUAGUACUGCUAUACUGUUCUCUUCUUCUUUGUUCUUGAGAGUAAGGAAGUUUAAAAUUUAGCUCGUGCUUAAGGGAGGGAAACAAAGAAAGAAACCAAAACACUAGCACUAAAGAUAACGUUUGAGUUUUUGAGAUAUGGUGGUAGCUGUAGCUGCAGCUGCAGCAUCCUCUACUUGGCUAACGUGCGCACUUCUUCCUCGCCAAGGUUGGCUACAUGGAAUUCAACAACCAACUCCUAGUCUCCAAUGGACAAACAAAAAGAGAUGUUGUACAAGAAAAGCUGGUUCGACAAUUACUGCAAAAUUGGAGCUGAAGCCUCCUCCAUAUCCACUGAAUGCUCUGGAGCCACAUAUGAGCCAGGAGACAUUGGAGUAUCAUUGGGGGAAGCACCAUAGGGGCUAUGUGGAUAACCUAAACAAGCAAAUUAUAGGAACAGAGCUAGAUGAAAUGCCGUUAGAAGAUAUUAUAAUCACUACAUACAACAAGGGUGAUAUUCUUCCACCUUUCAACAACGCGGCCCAGAUUUGGAACCAUGAUUUCUUUUGGGAAUCCAUGAAACCAGGUGGUGGAGGAAAGCCUUUUGGGGAGCUUCUACAACUGAUAGAAAGGGACUUUGGUUCUUUUGAAAAAUUUGUGGAAGAGUUCAGGUCAGCUGCAUCUACACAAUUUGGUUCUGGUUGGGCGUGGCUUGCAUAUAAAGCAAAUAGACUAGAUGUUGGAAAUGCUGAAAAUCCCCGUCCAUCAGAUGAAGACAAAAAGCUUGUGGUAGUGAAGAGUCCCAAUGCUAUAAAUCCACUUGUUUGGGAUUAUUCUCCACUUCUUACCAUCGAUGUUUGGGAGCAUGCUUACUAUCUUGACUUUCAGAUCCGUCGACCUGAUUACAUAUCAAUCUUCAUGGAGAAGCUUGUAUCAUGGGAAGCGGUCAGUUCUAGACUUGAAAUUGCAAAGGCUCGAGCUACUGAACGAGAGGAAGAAGAAAAGAGGAAAAAAGAGGAAAAGGAGGUGGGAAAUUCAGACAACCAAGCUGUUGAGAUGUUCGUAGACAGUAAAUCUGAUGAUUCAGAGACUGAAUGAAUGAAUGAAUUGUGUUUGUUUGUUGUCGAGUUAAAAGUAUCUUUAGGGUGUUGUACUUAUAAAAAAUAUAUAUAUAUAGAGAGAGGUCAGUUUGAGCGGAUCUACACUAGAUGAAAUUUUUGAGGUAAACUUUGCUUUCAUUAAAAUAAGGAACAACAUAGGUGACAUUUCAAACAAAA